AUGAAAAUCAUUCUUGACUCAUUUGAGAGAAAGAAAAUUACGAGUCCGGCACUUGAUCAUAACCUCAUUUAUAAAUCGUCAACCCGCGGCCCACUCAACCCUUUUUUCCCAAAAAACGGAGCACUUGAAUAUCAUCUCAAUCGUCUCUUUUUAGAAACACGCAACGACUUCGACUUUGAAAGACACGAAGACAGCAACAAAACGACAACAGAAACAACGAUCUUCGAAGGAAGAAAAAGAAUGAUCCAAGAAAGCAUGAACACUGAAGUUUCCGCUGCGGCGCGAUUCAUCACUUCAACCCUUUACGGAAAACUCCCUCGCCGACGAGCCGAUCUUUUCGGCGGCGAGUUCGAAAUUGCUGUGAAAAAGAAGUUCCAGGGACAUUGGUACCCCGAGGAACCAGCUCGAGGAAGCGCUCAUAGAUGCAUCAAUUUUACGUCGAAAGAAGUCGAUCCUGUUUUUCACCAAGCUGCGGAAUCUGCUUCCAUCGCCUUUUCCGAAAUCAAGGAAAAUCUGCCAGCGGAGUUGAGAAUCUGGAUCGACCCUGACGAGGUCAGCUAUCAAAUUGGAGAAAAGGGGACGACUUCGAUUUUGUACAAGAAAAAAGGAGCUGAGAUCGAAUAUGGAGCUGAUAUUACUGCUUCUGUUCAGCCACAGGUUUCCCCAAUCCGAGCCCAGCAUCAGCGAGUCCAGUACCAGCAGCGUCCAUUAAUGACUGUUGACGAAUUCAUGAGCACCAAAUUCGGUUCGAUGAAAAACCGUGGCGCCCGACGAGGCCAGCACAGCUCUACCCACCGGCCACCUGCAUACCCCGCUCCAGGAUCGCCCACCGGCUUCACACCACAACAACAGCAGCUUCAUCAGCAGCAGAGCCAAAACAUGAAUGCGCACAAUUUGCAGCAAGCCGCAAAUCUCGCCCGAGCUAUUCCCCAAAGUCUCCAGCUGCCGCAACUCAGCGUCCAGCAAAUCCAACUCCUCCAGCAACAGCUCCUUCUUCAGCAAUUGGCCAACUCACAACAACAACAGCAGAGCCCCGUGCAGAGCCCUGUCGAGUCCAAGUGCUUCCAGCCGUUUCCCCGUUCGCCGAUCAACCCCAACGCGCGGGUCUUCGAGCCCCAGGUGCAGCUCCACCAGACGCCCUCUGGCGGCCUCUCCCCAAGCUACUCCUUCAACUCCUUCCCGCCCAAGGCUGAUUCUGAGUCCUCAUUGUCCAGUUCGUUCGACUCCCUCAAAAAGAGCUCGUCCUACAACUUCGAGCACGCCUGGCGAGACAUUUCCUCCUCUCCCACGAGAUGGAGCCCGACCCAUUCCGAUCCAAUGCACUCCGGCGACGAUUCCGGCUUCGACAACGCUUCAGUCGACGAAGAAGCCGAUCUUGAUCCUCUCUUCUUGAAUCACAUUUCAUCACUUCGAAUUGAAACGUAA